UGAGCCUUAAAUCCUUUUCCACACCUAGUUUGUGCCGAUUAUGUAGCAGAAACAAAUGGAUGCUGAUGGAUUAAAUUGCUUCUGCCGUUUAGAAUUUGUGGUAAUCUUCUAGGAGCUAACUAUUGCUUCCUUGUCAGAAGAAAAAACCAACUUUUAAUUCGUUUUUGUGCAACUCACAAGACUUUUUUUUUACUGCUUUCUUGUUAAUCAAACCGAUUCCAUAAACCUCGUUUCAUCCUCCCUUCGUGAUCCAACAUUGAUUUUGUUGCAACUCGAUUGCAUUAUGCAAGUGCACGGUCUUGCUGAGUAAUAAAAAUUAUAAUCUUGAAUAGCUUUGGUUAAUUUUAAUACAGCAAGGUUUCUUCUCCUCCAUGUGCAUGGGUUGUGGCGUUUCGAAGUUUGAUCAUGAAGAGGCAAGCCCAACGUUCAAAAGGCCGACGAAACGACAUUCCAAUGUCGAGAAUGACGGCACCCUCGUCUCAGAUCGGCUGCUUCAUGAAUAUGGUCGUAAGAGUAACAACGACCGCAAAAAUGUCUCUUCUUUGACGAGUGGUAAGUGGGAACCGGACGCUCGAGAUCAGGUGAAUGAAAAGAAUGAGGGUGGUAACGCGUACCCAGGAUUUGACAGGAAAUUCAAAGUAACGGCGGAGGAGGAAAAGCGCGGUGGUGACGGUGGAGGUGAUUAUAAUAGCAGUGAAAAGGACAAAAAUGAAGAAGAAAAUGAAUCAUUUUCUGAUAGAGGAGAUGAUAUCGCUCUCCCUGGAUCGCCAAGUUUUAGGGAAUACUGUGUCUACCCAAGGGAGGAUUUCAAUGAAGAUGAAGGUAUGAUUGGUGCAAAAGAAGAGAUCAACAAGGCACAGGGAUCGGAAGCUGAAGCAAGGAACAGAAGGAGAUCACCCAGAAGAGGGUUUAUCAAGAGGCCGGCUGGAUGGAUGCAACGUCAGAAGUAAUAAAUAUUAUUAGCUCUGACUGAUCCUUGUAAUGUAAAAGCAAAUCUUAAUAAAUUAAACUUUCUCCUCA